UCAUUUAUCAUACGCUUUGCUUAUUAUUUAAGCUGAGAAGUGUUUGUCCAUCAUGGAGACUGUUGGGGACUUUCCAAAUGCAUUCAACGAUGACAUCAGCUGCAGAAAUUCUGUGAUGCUCAGCCUCGUCUUCAUUUUUUUGGGUCUCCUUUAUUGGUAUUCAGUCUAUCCCUUUUCAGUCCUCUCUCGAUGUGGAAUCAAACAUCCAAAGCCAGUGCCAUUCUUUGGAAACUUACUAAUGUUUCAGAAGGGCUUUUACAAACCUCUUUCUGAUAUUAUAAAGACACAUGGAAGAGUAUGUGGAUACUAUUUGGGUCGUAGACCAGUGGUGGUGAUAGCAGACCCUGAAAUGCUCAGACAAGUGCUGGUCAAGGACUUCAGUAGUUUUCCUAACAGAAUGAUGUUCAGCGCUGCCACCAAACCCAUGAAAGACUGUCUGCUCCUGUUGAGGAACGAGCGGUGGAAAAGAGUUCGAAGCAUCGUAACCUCGACUUUCAGUACUGCCAAGUUAAAAGAAAUGGUUCCUCUCAUCAACACAGCCGUUGACGCACUGAUGACCAACCUUAAUGUCCACGCUGAGUCAGCACAGGCCUUUGACAUCCACAAGUGUUUUGGCUGCUUUACCAUGGAUGUUAUUGCCAGUGUGGCGUUUGGUAUUCAAGUGGACUCGCAGAACAACCCAGACGAUCCAUUUCUUCACCACGCUCAGAUGUUCUUUGCUUUUACUUUUUUCAGACCCAUCGUGUUGUUUUCAAUUACUUUUCCUGCUAUCAUGGCUCUUCUUGCAAGAUUCAUUCCAAACAAAAGGCGAAAACAGAUGGACAGUUUCUACAUCAACAACAUUAAGAAGAUCAUAAAGCAAAGAGAAGAACAGCUCCCUGAACAGAGGCGUAGAGACUUCCUUCAGCUGCUGUUAGACGCUCGAACUGGCACAGAUCAAGUCUCCUUGGAGCACUUUGACACAACAAAACACUCUGAUAAGUUUGAUCACCAAAGCCAAGAGGAACAAGCAUUAGCGGAGCAAGAAGACGAUUGUCGUCACACAGAGGAGCUAUACAUGAAGCGCCUACAAAAAAAGACGAUGAGUGAUGAUGAGAUUGUGUCUCAGGCAUUUGUCUUUCUCCUAGGAGGUUAUGAAAGCAGCCGCAGCACGUUGGCCUUCACCUGCUACCUGUUGGCCCUUCACCCUGAAUGUCAACAGAAAUUACAGGAGGAGGCAGAUGAUUUGUUCACCAAACAUGAUUCACCAAAUUACACAAAUAUUCAGGAGCUCAAGUAUUUAGACAUGGUUGUAUGUGAAGCACUUCGGCACUAUCCUCCUGGUUUCAGGUUUGCACGAGACGUUGACCAUGACUGUGUUGUAAAUGGCCAGUUUCUUCCUAAAGGGGCCACCUUGGAGAUCCCUGCAGGCUUCCUCCAUCAUGACCCAGAGUACUGGCCUGAGCCGGAGAAGUUCAUUCCUGAGAGGUUUACACCAGAGGCAAAAGCAAAUCAACAUCCAUUUGUCUACCUUCCAUUUGGAGCUGGACCCAGGAACUGUGUGGGAAUGAAGCUCGCCCAGCUGGAAAUCAGAAUGGCUUUAGUGCAUUUGUUCCACAAGUUCAGCAUCGAGGCCUGCUCAGAAACCAAGGUUCCUCUUGACUUGAAGUCUUCUGGUAAUCUAGGACCCAAAAAUGGUGUUUUUGUGAAAAUCAGAAAAAGAAACAAGUGAAUAAAAGCAUUCCACAUGAUAGAAAACUUGUAUAAAACAAUAAAAAGCAUCUUGCACGUUGCACUUAUGUGUCAGCAUCACAAAUGUUCUUUGUUUCAGA